GAGCUUCAAGACUUUUUGCGGGCCGGUGCCCGCACUGGUCAGCGCGAGAAAGCUGCCAAGAGGAUCAACCUGACCUUGAAUGGGCUGGCUCGACAGCUGGGGCUGAAUGGAUCGGUUCACAUGUUUGGUUCAUUUUCGAACGGCUUCAAAACCGGGACCUCGGACCUGGACGUUGUCUUUGUGGGAGCUGUGGAUGAGAGUGCUAUCUCCAUCCUGCAGAAAUUUUCUGACCGUUUGGAUGGCCUCGGAUUUGACAACAUUACAAAGAUCUUUCAGGCAAAUGUGCCCCUUCUCAAGCUGACUGACCGCAAGGACAACAUGGAGGUGGAUUUUUGCAUCAACAACGAGCUGGGGGUCAGGAAUUCCCUGCUGCUCAAUACGUACUGCAAGUACGACCACCGUGUCCUCCAGCUCGGCCGCUUGGUAAAGGAGUGGGCAAAGAAGCAUGAGCUCGUCGGGACUGCAGACGGCUGCUUGAACAGCUAUGCGUACAUGCUCCUGGUGGUUUUCUUCCUCCAGCAGGUACAGCCGCCGGUUGUGCAGAAUCUCCAGGCCAUGGACUGCGAGUCGGUUCCUGUGUCAGACCGCAAGUGGGGCGGCGAAGACAUCUGGGAGACCAAAUUUUUGGUCGAUGUUGAUUCAAUACCGAAGUCGCAGAAUCAGAUGUCGAUUGGUGAGCUACUUGUAGGCUUCUUCCGAUUCUACACGCGCGAGUUCAACUGGCGGCAGCAUGCCGUCUGCAUGCGCCUGCAGAAACCUGGACAGAACGUCGACAAGUACUCAUUGUCGCUCCCGACGAACGAAGAGCAGUGGUAUCUGGAAGAUCCCUUCGAUCUCAAACACAACCUUGCAGGAAAAUGCAGCCGAGCUGGCAAGAAGCGGAUUGUUGACGAGAUGCACAACGCCUUGAAUGUGCUUACGUCAACUGGCCGAUGGGCGAAGUGUUUGCCGCCCAACCAGAGUCCGGAAUACUUUAUGAAAUGCCGCAUUAGUCAGAACGUCACGCCACAAGCCUUGCUCGAAGAGUUCGAGCAGUGUGAUUUGGUGAAGCUGCACUUCCCAAAGUCUGAUGGCACGGUCCGAAUGCCACAAGCGUAUUUGCAGUUCGGGGAUUCAGCCAGCCGCCGAAAAGCCCAUGCGAAGAACGAGAAGUACAUUCUCGAUUGCCAGCUACAGCUGCACUACAGCUCGCAGCAUAGCCUGGCGGAGGCCAUUCAGCAGUGUCAUUUUUCAACAUAUGAGAUGGCGUCCUACAAAAUGCAGCGGCAGGUUUUGGCAGCCCGCAUGGGGCAGACACAGGAAAUGCCGAAGUCGGCCAGCGCGGUGGAGGACACGCUCCCUCUUCAGAUGAGAGGUGGCAUGAAGGACAUGUCUCCGGCAGUCAUGUUCGGUGGUUUUUCAAAGAUACCGCCUCCGCCGCCACCACCACCAGCUCCUGAAAUGCGGAUGCAGUGGGAAGCGAUGCCGCAGCAGGACCCAAAGCUCCAGAUGCGGCACAUGGCGAAGGUAGACGCGAUGCGGCCUAUGCCUAGCCAGCAAAUCCCCCAAUAUUGGUCACAACCAGCACAGCCUGCUCAGCACAAGAUGACGAAUACGCCUGUUCCAGUUCCACCUGCGCCUCCUCGGCAGGGCCAGGUUCCCAAGAAGGAGACUGGUUCUGCCUCUGCAUUGUAG